AUGACGGCCAGCUGGCGGGGGACGGUUCAAGGCAGUUCACAGGAGAGGAGAGGGAGAUUACAGCAGUGCUGGGUGGACGUGGCCUGUUCAGGGACUCAGACCCACAUGAAGCCACAGAUGGUGAGUGUUGGUCUGCAGACAGAUUGCUCAGUCACUGUGAGAAGCAGUCCAUCCCAGGUCCUGAGCACCUCCCUGGUCUCCGCCCGGUCUCACCACAUCUCUGCCUCACUGGACGGGGUGUCAGGCAGAGUUGAGAGGUCCAGAUCCUCCACCUCCUCGCCUAAACUCUACCGGAGACACUCUGCAUCCGCAGCAUUCUCUCCCCCCUCAUCCACCAAUUUGAGCUCCUCCUCCUCGUCCUCAUCCACCUCGAGAGAUCGAGCACUGUGGAACCUGAACCACCAGAGCCACGCUGGCCUCACAUGGACCCGACAAACCAGUCACAGAGCUGGUGCAGGACAGAACCACGGCUCUGUGAGCAACGCUAAGCCCCCAAGCAAACCUGCAGGCACCCACCGGUACGGCAUGGUCACAGAGUUCCUGCGCAGGGUGAGCGGCCGGGCAGAGAAACCGGUACCGGUACCGGGGUCAGGGCAGAAGACUAAGAACAGUAUGAAGAACCUGGAACGCGUUCCAACGAGGCCCGCUGCCGCUACGCUGCACAGGAGUGACAGCGUGACGAGGAUCGUCAACAAUAGGUUCAUGAAGCAGAGAGAGGAGGCCGGGCGGGCCCAGAGAGAGGAGAAAACCAGGAGUCUGGACCACAGGGUCCACCACAGGCCCAGCACCGUCACAGCAGAGGACGGAAACUACGACUGCAGCUCCAGCAGCACUUUGACCUUCUGCUUCGCUCGCCCAUCUCGCUCCACCCAGAGACAAAUGUCCCACCAGAGCAAACUCCCCCGGCACAGAUGCUCGCCUCCAGCGAGCGCGGCUGCAGAACCCAACUGCGAGUGACCGGGCGGAGAACUCGCGGAGACUUCUGGACAGCUCAGAGCGCUCAGGGACGGGGAAGGGAAUUUCAAAAGUGGAAUCUUCUAAUGUAAGCCUGCUCUACUGCAGGAUGCUUGAACUGGGAAAACUGGCACAGUACUGUAUGUGGGAUGGUCUGACUUUGUAGCUUUCUAGUUUUCUUUUGGUACAUUUUCAUAACACUCAUCUCCUUUUACAGAUGGGCUAACUGUGGAUUUCAAUUACAAAAAGCUACAAAUUC